CCCGAAGCGACGCACGCGUUGAUUCUGGAUUGUUACCGCACCCAUGGCUCAGGCUGGUCUGAAUACCAACUACGUUAUUGGCUGCCUUCUCUGCACAAUCCUACUGCUAUCUUACGCGUACCUGCUCUGGGCACUUCCGCUUACACACUUCACCUUCGUCGUCCAAAUAUUCCAGAUCGUCCUGCUGGGCGUGUCCGGUCCCGCCGCUGUCCCCCAUGACGCGAGAAAGUACGCAGCAGGACUCGUAGGUCUUUUGAUCGGACUAGUGGCAAUCCAGCCCAGUCUUCCUUGGACGGCCACACCACCUGCCCCCAAAGUUACGAUACCGAUUCCAGGGUCACCUGUCCACCCCGCUAUCCCCGCUGAUUCCUCCGCCUCUGAUUGGGGACUUGUCGGAGAAUGGUCCAUGGUCCUGUUCCACGUCGGCCUGUCCGCAGUUAACUUUCUCGCGGUCGUAAACAUACCCUACGCCUUCGAAGCCGGCAAGCGGAGGAUAUCUACGCGAGCGUUGGUGCGGGAAGCCCUGGGAAGGUUCUCUGUGUCUGUGUUGAUGCCACUGGGAGUCGUGCGUCGAGGAUAUGGUGUUGGCGAGAGCGGAGAAGACGAUAUUGGGAUCCAGAUGGAAAACGGCAAGAUGCGGUACUAGUCGGCUCCCCGCAUCACUUGAUAUACUACAACUCGUUGCCCAACGAUAUGCUCGGGAUCAGCAAUGCCUGGUCCUUGCUUUAACGACGAGGGGGGAGGGGGGAGGGGGUUGCGACAAGGACGGAGGGCUCAGCUUCUGCACUCUCGACACUGCACGUUCCGAGGCCCGCACAGUGGUCUGCUGUGCAAGAUUCCCGCUAUCUAGGUUCCGGGGACCGGCGCACGAGGACGAAAUUCUUUCUCGCGAUGUCCUAAACGCGCAGCGCCUAUAGAGAACCCGAGCUUCUGGGAGCUGUCAAGGUUCCGAGGAGACGGUCGGGUCCGGAAAGUGACUCUGGGAUGCACAGAAGAACUCUUGCCAAUCGAGCUUAGUUGUGACGAGUGCGCACGUAAACCGCGCAGUACGUUGGCCGAUGAUCCUAUACACUGGGUUGGGUAACGGGCCCGAUCAGCCUCUGCUGAGCCAGACUUGGCUCUUGAACGCAACGAUACGCCGUGGCUGCAAUGUGGAGAUGAGACAGACAGAACUAGGCCCGUCUGACUCCUGGUGUCUACCGGUUUCAAUGGCGUGUGAAACCAAAAGGGCCGUUCAUCUUGGGAAAUCACACUCGGAUAGAGUUGUGCAUUGGGAAGCGUUGUUAGAGCUGUGCCAUGUGCUCACAAGCUCCGGGCACUCUUUGGGACGUUCAUUCGUAGUCUCAGACUGUUUUCGAUGCCAGCUGGCUCUCCGCCAUGCAAGUAGCUCACUCCUUUACUUGGUCCGGGAAGCCCGUGAGCGGCAAGCUGCGCUGCUCAAGGAUUUCCUUUUGUGGGUGGUUGUGGGUGUGAUUCUUUCUGUACUGUGCACGUCAAGCUUCUGAUUCGCGAUUCCAUUUUGAUACUGUUCUUUUUGUG